CUGAGCCCAAUCCGGACACAGCUCGCCGAGCCCCGGCACCCUCUCCUGCCAACACCCUCGCUCCCAGAGAUGAAUGUGGCUGCUUAUGACUAAACUUAGAAUUCUGGAACUGCGGAUGCUCAGUGGAGUAACAUAUACAUAUAAGAACCAUGAUUCCCGUGACGGAGUUCCGGCAGUUCUCCGAGCAGCAGCCCGCCUUCCGGGUGCUGAAGCCCUGGUGGGAUGUGUUCACGGAUUACCUCUCGGUGGCCAUGCUGAUGAUUGGAGUGUUCGGAUGUACUUUGCAGGUCAUGCAAGACAGGAUCAUCUGCCUUCCGAAAAGAGUGCAGCCUGCUCAGAACCAGUCUUCCGCUUCCAAUGUCUCUCAGGCAGUCAUCAGCACCACCCCACUGCCUCCACCUAAGCCGUCUCCAGCCAACCCAGCCACCGUGGAGAUGAAAGGGCUGAAGACGGACCUGGACCUCCAGCAGUACAGCUUUAUCAACCAGAUGUGCUACGAGCGAGCCCUCCACUGGUACGCCAAGUACUUCCCGUACCUCGUGCUCAUCCACACCCUGGUCUUCAUGCUCUGCAGCAACUUUUGGUUCAAGUUCCCUGGUUCCAGUUCCAAGAUAGAACAUUUCAUCUCCAUCCUGGGGAAGUGCUUUGACUCCCCGUGGACCACACGGGCACUCUCUGAAGUGUCUGGGGAGGACUCGGAAGAGAAGGACAACAGGAAGAAUAACAUGAGCAGGUCCAACACCAUCCAGCCCGGUCCUGAGGGCAGCAUGGUCAACUCCCAGUCUCUCAAGUCAAUUCCUGAGAAGUUUGUGGUUGACAAAACCACGGCGGGGGCUCUGGACAAAAAGGAGGGUGAGCAGGCAAAGGCCUUGUUUGAGAAGGUGAAGAAGUUCAGGCUGCAUGUGGAAGAAGGUGACAUCCUGUAUGCCAUGUACGUUAGACAGACCGUGCUCAAGGUCAUCAAGUUCCUGAUCAUCAUUGCAUACAACAGCUCUCUGGUUUCCAAAGUCCAGUUUACAGUGGACUGCAAUGUGGACAUCCAGGACAUGACAGGCUAUAAAAACUUCUCCUGCAAUCACACCAUGGCUCAUCUGUUCUCCAAGCUCUCCUUUUGCUACCUGUGCUUCGUGAGCAUCUACGGCUUGACGUGCCUUUAUACCCUCUAUUGGCUCUUCUACCGUUCCCUGCGGGAAUAUUCCUUCGAGUACGUCCGGCAGGAGACGGGCAUUGAUGACAUCCCAGAUGUGAAAAAUGACUUUGCUUUUAUGCUUCACAUGAUAGACCAGUAUGACCCUCUCUACUCAAAGCGGUUUGCCGUGUUUCUGUCUGAGGUCAGCGAGAACAAAUUAAAGCAGCUCAAUUUAAAUAACGAAUGGACCCCUGACAAACUGAGGCAGAAGCUGCAGACAAAUGCCCAUAACCGCCUGGAGCUGCCUCUGAUCAUGCUGUCUGGCCUUCCGGACACCGUGUUUGAAAUCACAGAACUGCAGUCUCUGAAGCUAGAAAUCAUUAAGAACGUCAUGAUACCCGCCACCAUUGCCCAGCUAGACAACCUUCAGGAGCUCUCCCUGCACCAGUGCUCUGUCAAAAUCCACAGCGCGGCCCUCUCUUUCCUGAAGGAAAACCUCAAGGUCUUGAGCGUCAAGUUUGACGACAUGAGGGAGCUGCCCCCCUGGAUGUAUGGGCUCCGCAAUCUGGAAGAGCUCUAUUUGGUCGGCUCUCUGAGUCACGACAUCUCCAAGAAUGUCACCCUGGAGUCCCUGCGGGAUCUCAAAAGCCUUAAGAUCCUCUCCAUCAAAAGCAACGUCUCCAAAAUCCCUCAGGCCGUGGUGGACGUGUCCAGUCACCUCCAGAGGAUGUGCAUUCACAACGACGGCACCAAGCUGGUGAUGCUGAACAACCUGAAGAAGAUGACCAACCUGACGGAGCUGGAGCUCGUGCACUGUGACCUGGAGCGCAUUCCCCACGCUGUGUUCAGCCUGCUCAGCCUGCAGGAGCUGGACCUGAAGGGAAACAACCUGAGGUCCAUAGAGGAAAUCAUGAGCUUCCAGCACCUGAGAAAGUUGACUGUGCUCAAACUCUGGUAUAACAGCAUCGCCUAUAUCCCAGAGCACAUCAAGAAACUGACCAGCCUGGAGCGACUGUUUUUCAGCCACAAUAAGGUAGAGGUGUUGCCUUCCCACCUCUUCCUCUGCAACAAAAUCCGAUACCUGGACUUGUCCUAUAAUGACAUCCGCUUCAUCCCGCCCGAAAUCGGGGUUCUGCAAAGUUUACAGUAUUUUUCCAUCACAUGUAACAAAGUCGAAAGCCUUCCAGACGAACUCUACUUUUGCAAGAAACUUAAAACUUUGAAGAUUGGGAAAAACAGCCUCUCCGUCCUUUCACCAAAAAUUGGAAAUUUACUAUUUCUUUCCUACUUGGACAUCAAAGGCAAUCACUUUGAAGUCCUCCCUCCCGAGCUGGGAGACUGCCGGGCUCUGAAGAGAGCCGGGUUAGUUGUAGAAGACGCUCUGUUUGAGACUCUGCCCUCAGAUGUCCGGGAGCAAAUGAAAGCAGAGUAACUUAUUUUUCAUCAAAACAUGACUGAAACACGCUUCUACCAAAUACAACAUAAGGAAUUAGGUAGUCUUAUUGCCUUUCCUAUAUUACUUUUGUUUUGUUUUUUGGGGGGGGGAUUAUUUGCUUUUGUUUUUCACACAAAGACAAAAUGUUCACAAAGAUUGAGUAAGGAUUAUGUAUUUUUUAAUAAAAAUUUAAUUGUAUUUUUUUCAGUAUUAAUAUUUUAACAUUUUAUUUGUCCUGGAAGCGAAUGCAUCUGAUGUUAUUUUCUACCGACAGGAAUGGGUGAAGGGUUUGUUUUUGUUUUUUUUCACUUCAGUUCACUCUCAUGAAAGGAAAGGGACAGUAGGUUAUGUGCAUUUUGGCAUAUUUAAAAGGCUGGAGAUAACUUUGCCAACACCAUUUUAACAUUGUUUCUACUUGUCUACUUGUUUGUGUUUUUAUUGUGUGUCAUGGCGUCUGUGCCAGAUAGUUUAAUAUCAGCUGCCUUCAUUGGCCAACUUUUCCACUCUGUAGAAACUCCAGAGUGUAAGAUUCACAUAAGUGCAUUGUCACCGAGUGUUAGAGAAAAUUCUCCCUCCUCCAACACGGUUAGUCAUAUCAUUUCCUGAACAGCAGCUUCAGUUAGCCUCAGAUGGGCUUCCUAAGUGGUUGAAGCAGGCCACCCCCAUUACUUAUCAUCCUUGUGAUCAUUUAUCAUUUGUUGUUUAGCCGAUUUAUAUUUUUACCAACACCCUAAAAUUUAUCAUUAAAAAUUAAGCCCCCUCCCCAUCCACCUCAGUAUUACCAUGUGGCACUGGUGAACAACCUUAAGGAAAUUAGAUUUAUUUUAAUAUUGUAACAGAUAAUUAAAUUUUAACUCAUAGAAUCAGAAGCCUGUCUUGAGUAAUUUAAUCAUUUUCAACAUCUUGAUAUGUGGAUGGUAAGAUGUAGAUGGUAAGCAAUCUUGCUACUAAGGCAGUCUUUUAAAAAGCCGAUAUAGUCCACGCAGGCCCUGCCCCUUCCUUGGGUCCUGUGCAGUGAUGAUCAAUACACCUCCUGCCUGCUGAUCAGAACAGCCCAGUACAUACAUAGGUAUAGGUAUCAGCUUCCCGCAAGCCUGCCCUCGACGCAGAUGCUCGUGAUGCAAGCAUGGGAACCCCUCAACUCUCUGCUUAAAAUCGUAUCUCACUUCAGUCGGCCGGUCCUGUCACUUUCCAGGUAUGUGACCAGCCGACAGGUGUGGUCACCUGGCAACAAUUCCUGCCUGGUGGCUGGCAAAGCCUUUCCUUGCCUGUGUCUGCCUAAAAUCCAGCGGAGUACGUAGACUCGGGCUAUACAGUCCACUGACGUAAGGAAACCCCUAAUUCAGCACUGAGAGUAGAAAGGUGUCCUGGGGUUUGACACCCUGUUUGAAGAAUGCUUUCUUGGCCCCUUGGCCUUGCCCAGCCCUGGUUUUUGUGCCCUGCAGACGUGUAGAAAGCAACUCUGGGAGGCCCUGGGCAGACACAGUUUUGUCUGAUGAAGAUAAGAGCUGUAGUUAGUGACAGUGUGUCCAGUAGCGUGCCCCAGCGCCUGAGCUGAGUCCCCUAAGACCACAAAACAGAGGAACGGAGCCAGUGCUCAUCAUCCUGGGGCCAGCCAUGUGGAGCAGAUGCUUCUGUUUUCCGUCUGAAGUUUCAGCCACUCUUUCUUUAAACCUGGAAUUGAAACAAUAAUAUUUUGAAAUACUGUUACACCAUUAUGAAGAAAUGAUCAAUCUUAGCAUUCAGAGAUCCCAAGUAUUAGUGCUCUGUCCUGCUCAGAAGCAGCUCUGUCUUAGAGAGGGGAAUUAUGGGCAGAUUGUCUGUUAUUGAGCAUGCGUGACCUGUUAUAGAAAGGUAAAUCGAGUCAGUGACCUGCACUGUCUUGCUUGUUAAAAUUUAUGUUUAUUUCCAUUAUCACCCUUUAAAGGGAGCUAUUCAGGUCAAAUGCUGUAUUUAUGCCCAAGUCUUUAUUGGCAUUAGCUGAAAAUCCCAUAUGGCUUCAUAACUAAAAUAAGUCACCAAUAAUUCAAUUUUAUCAAGCCUCCAAAAUAAUUUGAUUUAUUUUCAUAAUGACUCUGCAUACUGGCUCCCAACCUAAGUUGUAAAUAACACUCAAUAAACCACUGUAAUUCUGUGACUUUAUGUUUUUACCAAGAGGAAAAUAUUCAUAGAUCUUUCUACUCAAUUUUAUAAAACUUCCAAAGCCUCAAACUUAGCUUUGAAGACUUUAAAUUUUCUGAUGCUUGUCCUUUUUAAUAUAGCAAGCUUUUCUUCACGUUCUUGAGUAGGAUGCAUCUGAUCACUGUUCAGCCUUCCAAUGAAAAACUCAGGUACCUGAACUGCUGUUCCUAGAGUUCUUUGAUCCAACUCAGUGCACAGAGGCCACUCCCCCGGCCACUCUGUGUUUUCCAAGUGCUCUUGCUGAGGAGGUCAGCCAGCUCUUUGUCCAACCUCAGCUUCACAACAAACUGCUGUGUUAACCUCACCUGUGCCAUCUGUAUUCUUCUGUAUUCGUAACUGCAGGGGCAGCUUCAGGCUCACGUGGACAAGCUGUACAGUGACGUCUAGCCACGGAGUACAGAACAAGCCGUUGUCUGGUGAUGGUUGGUUGGGAGGUCCUAAUAGAGCCCCAUCUAAGGGACUGGCUGUGUGGGUAACAGGCACUUGCCACCCAGACUAAGGACCUGAGUUUGAUUCUCCGCGUCCACACAGUGGAAGGAGAGAACAAGCUCCCAUAAGGUGUCCUCUGCCUCCCACACACUCACCGUGGCGUGAGCAACCACACAAAAACGCAUGCACUAAUUAAUGUCAUUUUUAAAAUCAUAAACACACCUAAAAAGAUAACACCUCAGAACAGUAUUGUGUUUUCUUAUUACAGGAUUUGAUCUGUUUUUGAAUAUCAAAAUUCUUAAUGAGAUCAAGUCUGGUGCCUCCACAUGUGGGUUUCUCAUAUUGCCCACCCUGCUGUUGUAAGGAGCUCCAACAAUCUCCAUGGCAUCUUGAACAGCAAGCAAGUCUGCUUUUACAGGCUGCUCGGGAAAUGUGCAUGCCCUGUGGAUUUUGUUCAUUUUGAUUGUAGGUCCUGCUUUGGAAGGGUCUGAGACAACGCAGGCUCUUUCUUGGGUCUCUUGGAAGAGGAGUUCAGUUUCUUAGAGCAUGCUGGUUUCUGUUUUAGCUUCUCUCACUCUCUAGUCCAGUUUCACCCCUGAUGUCCAAUCAGCAGUGUUGGCAUUUCAACAAGAACAUUUAUGGACCACUUAUACAAAAUCCAUUCACAGUACUCUUGCAAAUAACAGAAAUUGUUGAUGUAACUUCAGCUUUUCAGAAAGUAGGCAGACACAGCAUCCGUGUUAUCCUGUGAUUCCGAGUUUACACUGGAGCAGGCAGGAUCUCGAGAACAGGGUCAUACUCAGUGAACAAAAUGCUAUGGUGGCCACGAGAGUUUCUAGAAGGCUCUACGUGAAGCUCACAUCUUGUCUCUUUAGAGACAAAGUAAUAAAAUUCAGACAGUCUUACCUAGGGCCACCAUGAGUCUUCAGAUUUAGCUCCCGAUCUUCAAACUUGUUAUAAUUUGACAUCAGCCUUCCAAACAAGUACCAACCCCAUUCCCCUUUCCCAGAGUCUGAAGGAGAGAGACGAGAGUCAGACGGAUAUAAAACAUGUACUGCUUAACCUAUUGACCAAAUAGCAGCCACUAUGUGUUUGGGGUUUGGUUUGGUUUCUGAGCCCAGGCUGACCUUGAACUUGAGAACCUCUUGCCUCACCUUUCUGGGUCCUGGAUUACAGGUUGUUCCCCUGACCUGAAUGGUUUCUGAUGUGUUUGUUUGUAUCUCCAUUCUCCCACCGUGCUCUUGGGGUUGAUGCUCCAUGCCUUACGUGUUUGUCUCGUAUUUGUUUACAGUGUCCACACGCAUUCAGACUGUCGAGUGCUGGCAAACUUCUGGGACUGUCCAGUAAAAGGACUGAGAGUUCAUUUGUCAUAAUACAUGUUCAUGAAAGGAAACGUCUUAAUGUUACUUGGCUAUGUAGUGUAUAGGAACAAAUGUAACUUAAAUAAAGUCAUUUUUGUAACUUAA